CCCCAUUCCCCCGUACGCCACAGAAAAACACAGCAGUCAAACAAAAACAUUUGCCAACCAGGAGCAUCAUAAUCCUCGGAAUUCGAGAGGCGGAGGAGAAGGGCUUCUGAGGAGUAAUAAUCAAUGGCUUCCGCUACUGCUUCCAUCUCGUCGCACGCGAUCGCCCUCCGCGAUCUCAAAGCCGCGAGGAUUGGUGCCGUGAGGCAGCAAGUGGCCGCGGCCCCGGCGGCCCCGGCGGUGAGGUCCCAGCGCGCGAGGGCGGUGCGCCCGCUGUGCGCGGCGGAGCCGGCGAGGAAGCCGCUGUCGGCGUCCGCGGCCGCGGCGCCGGUGGCGCCAGUGUUGGUGGAGGAGGAGGCAUCGGCCGUCCCCGCGGCCGUGGACUACGAGGCCCUGGCGCAGGAGCUGCAGGGCGCGUCGCCGCUGGAGAUCAUGGAUCGGGCGCUCUCCAUGUUCGGAUCCGAAAUCGCCAUCGCCUUCAGUGGAGCCGAGGACGUGGCGCUGAUCGAAUACGCGAAGCUGACAGGGCGGCCCUUCAGGGUGUUCAGCCUGGACACGGGGCGGCUGAACCCGGAGACGUACCAGCUGUUCGACAAGGUGGAGAAGCACUACGGGAUCCACAUCGAGUACAUGUUCCCGGAGGCCGCCGAGGUGCAGGAGCUGGUGAGGAACAAAGGCCUCUUCUCCUUCUACGAGGACGGCCACCAGGAGUGCUGCCGGGUGAGGAAGGUGCGGCCGCUGAGGAGGGCCCUCAAGGGCCUCAAGGCCUGGAUCACCGGCCAGAGGAAGGACCAGUCCCCUGGCACCAGAGCCAGCAUCCCCGUUGUUCAGGUUGAUCCGUCUUUUGAAGGGCUGGAUGGUGGAGCUGGUAGCUUGAUUAAGUGGAACCCUGUGGCCAAUGUGGAGGGCAAGGACAUCUGGACCUUCCUCAGGACCAUGGAUGUCCCUGUGAACACCCUGCAUGCUCAAGGAUACGUCUCCAUUGGGUGCGAGCCGUGCACCAGGCCCGUCUUGCCGGGGCAGCACGAGAGGGAAGGGAGGUGGUGGUGGGAGGACGCCACGGCCAAGGAGUGCGGCCUCCACAAAGGCAACAUCGAGAAGGAAGGCCAGGCACCCAAGGUCGGCGUCAACGGCAACGGCUCGGCCGAGGCCAGCGCCCCGGACAUCUUCCAGAGCCAGGCCGUCGUCAGCCUCACCCGCCCCGGGAUCGAGAACCUAUUGAAGCUCGAGAACCGCACCGAGCCCUGGCUCACCGUCCUCUACGCUCCAUGGUGCCCGUACUGCCAGGCGAUGGAGGCUUCCUACCUUGAGCUGGCAGAGAAGCUGAGCGGGUCGGGCGUCAAGGUGGCCAAGUUCCGCGCCGACGGCGAGCAGAAGCCGUUCGCGCAGGCGGAGCUGCAGCUGCAGAGCUUCCCGACGAUCCUGCUGUUCCCCAGCCGCACCGCGAGGCCCAUCAAGUACCCGUCCGAGAAGAGGGACGUCGAGUCGCUCCUCGCAUUCGUCAACAGCCUCAGAUGAGUGGGCAGAGAACAGGAGAACCAUCGUUCUCUGCUGCAUUGCACUCGUGCAAUUGUACUCCGUAUUUAGGAAGUAGAGGAUGGUUCAAAACAUCACACGGGAUUGAGGGGGUCCGUCGAAUGCAGCGGCUGCAAAAGCUGUAUCCUGAAACUGAAACCCCUCCAUUAUAAUGGGGUGGGGACUUUGUAGUUGUAGUUAGCAUAAGAGAGGAUUGUAAGGAUAAUUCCAAUAAGAGAAUAGUUUUGGAAAUUUUGAUCA